AUGGCUACUUCUUCCUCUUCUUCUUCUUCUUCUUCUUCUUCUCCUCGCAUCAAGAGGUACCAUGUCUUUCAGAGUUUCCACGGUCCAGAUGUUCGUAGAGGAUUUCUCAGCCAUUUACGCCGUCAGUUUGCAAGCAAAGGGAUCACAACAUUCAAAGAUAAUGAGAUCGAGAGAGGUCACACGAUCGGGCCUGAACUUGUACAAGCCAUUAGAGAAUCCAGAGUCUCAGUCGUUCUGCUCUCCAAGAAUUAUGCUUCUUCCAGCUGGUGUUUAGAUGAAUUGGUUGAAAUUUUGAACUGCAAAGUAGCUUCAGGGAAUAUUGUUAUGACCAUCUUUUAUGAAGUUGAUCCGUCCAAUGUACGGAAACAGACUGGAGAUUUCGGAAUAGCAUUCAAGAAAACAUGUGAAGGGAAAACUGAGAAAGAUAAGACGAGAUGGAUGGAAGCUUUGGCAUAUGUAGCAACCAUUGCUGGAGAGCACUCUCUAAACUGGACUGAUGAAGCGGAUCUGGUCGAAAAGUUUGCCACAGAUGUUUCGAACAAACUAAAUGUUACACUGUCAAGGGACUUUGACGGGAUUGUGGAACUGCAAGAUCACUUAAGAAAACUGAGCAAUUUGUUAUGCUUGGAGUCUGAUGAAGCAAAGAUGAUUGGGAUUUGGGGUCCUGCGGGAAUUGGUAAGUCCACCAUUGCUAGAGCUUUAUUCGAUCACCUCUCUAGAGAUUUUCUACUUAUGGGCUUUAUGGGGAACCUCAAGGGUAGUUAUAAGAGCAUAAUGGGUGUUGACAAUUAUGAUUCUAAGUUGGGUUUGCAAAACCAACUUCUGUCUAAGGUUUUGAACCAAAAAGAUAUUAGGGUACAUAAUUUAGGUGCGGUAAAAGAACGGCUAAAAGAUCAAAGAGUGCUUAUCGUUCUUGAUGAUGUUGAUGAUCUAGAGAAAUUAGAGGUUUUGGUUGGAGAACUUUCUUGGUUUGGUUUCGGAAGUAGGAUCAUUGUUACUACAGAAGAUAAAAAAAAUUUCAAGGCACAUGGAAUUCAAGAUAUCUACCAUAUGGGUUUUCCAUCUGAAAAAGAAGCUCUUGAGAUCUUAUGUUUAUCUGCUUUCAAACAGAGAUAUGUACAAGAUGAUUUUGAAAAGGUUGCAAAUAGAGUAGCAUACCUUUGUGGUUAUCUCCCGUUAGGCCUUUGUGUUGUGGGUUCAUCGUUACGUGGAGAGAGCAAGGAAGAAUGGGAGCGUCAGUUAUCAAGGAUCGAAAGUAGUCUUGAAAGAAAAACCGAAGACGUCUUAAGAGUGGGAUAUGACAGAUUGUUGAAGACAAAUCAAUAUCUUUUCCUUCACAUUGCAUGCAUGUUCGAUAAGCUCCCAAAUAGUUACGUGACAAGCAUGCUCGCUGAUAGUAAUUUGGAUGUGGAAAACGGGCUGGAGACUCUAUCCAACAAAUCUAUGAUUGAAAUCCAUUUUAACCGUAUACGGAUGCACUCUUUGCUUCAAAAAUUGGGUAGACAAAUAGUGCAUGAAGAUGAGCCUGGGAAACGUCAGUUUUUAGUGGAGGCUGAAGAGAUAUGUGAUGUAUUAGCAAAUGAAAUGGGCACUGGAUCAGUCAUAGGUAUAUCAUUUGAUGUGUCCAAGAUUAGCGGCGAAUUAUCAAUAAGUGGACAAGCUUUCCGAAGAAUGAACAAUCUUAGAUUUUUAAGGAUAUAUAACACUUGGGGACGUCAGAUGAUAUCUGAGGACCUGGAAUAUCUACCUCAUCUAAGGUUACUACAUUGGGAUUUUUACCCUAGAAAAAGUCUUCCUCCAAGAUUUCAGCCGGAACGUCUCGUCGACCUUUCGUCGUUUUUCGUCCGUCGUAAAAAAGGAUUCGUCGCCAUUUCCUCGUAG